AAUAUUAAUUAUCUUAAAAAUAUAUAGGUAUUUUAGUGAAAAGUGAUUUCAGGUAAUUAACAUAAGUGUGUGCCCCGUUCUUAAUGGUACAAACAAUGACAACUGCAGUAACAACUACCCAGAAAAAGGUCGGUACUGGUAAUGCUCCACCAGGAGGCAUGCGAAAGAAAUCGGGCCCCAAGUUUGAGCUCACUGAAGAACAAAGAAGGGACAUAAAAGAAGCAUUUGAUUUGUUUGACACAGAAAAUACUGGAAAAAUUGAUACAAAGGAGUUAAAAGUCGCAAUUAGAGCCCUUGGUUUUGAACCUAGGAAAGAGGAAAUCAAAAAGAUGAUUGCGGAAAUUGAUAAAUCUGAUGGAAAAGUGUCAUUUGAAGACUUUCUGGAGUUGAUGACAGUGAAGAUGGCAGAGAAGGAUACGAAAGAAGAAAUCAUGAAAGCUUUCAAACUGUUUGAUGAUGAUGAAACUGGUAAAAUCUCUUUCAAGAACUUAAAGAGAGUGGCAAGGGAACUUGGCGAAAAUCUAACUGAUGAAGAGCUGCACGAAAUGAUAGAUGAAGCAGACAGGGACGGGGACGGGGAAAUCAACCAAGACGAGUUCUUGCGCAUCAUGAAGAAAACUAGUCUUUAUUAGCUCACAAAAGUACUAUUUGGCCUAUUUUUCAUACUUAUUGUACUCUUGGAAGCACAAAUUAUAUUCUUCAAAGGGAUAAUGAAAUUGUAGCAGCUGCGGAUAAGACACUUGCAACAAGUUAUUGGAAUAGUUAUCUAUAUUUUUGUAUAAGUGUUUAAACGAUACAUAUUGUAAGCACAGGACAAGUG